GCGGGCAGGUAGAGCCACAUCCCAAAACAGAAAGGCUUUCAGCCAUUGCGCGCGCCUCCGGGAGGUGCAACCCUGCUCUUAGCUUUUUGCAUAGACGCACCGGCAAUUGAAUACAAAAAGGGAAGGCCUCCAGCGCCCUCCUUCCCACCCCCCCUUCCUGCCCUGGGUGUGGAGCACGGGCCAGGUGUGGGCUUGGGUGGUUGGUUACCGCCUUUUGCACCGGCGGCGGCGAGGAGGGGGGGUGGGCGCGCUUUCUUUUCUCUUAGAAGAGGUUUUAGCACAGGUUUUCUCGUUUUCGCUUCCACCACUCUUCACCGCCUCCUGACCCCCCUUCUCCCCCUCCCCACCUAUCGUCAUGACGGCGUCUCCGGAUUACUUGGUGGUGCUUUUUGGGAUCACUGCUGGGGCCACUGGGGCCAAGCUGGGCUCGGAUGAGAAGGAGCUGAUCCUGCUGGUAUGGGAAGUGGUGGAUCUGGCCAACAAGAAGGUCGGACAAUUACACGAAGUCCUAGUUAGACCAGAUCAAUUGGAACUGACCGAGGACUGCAAAGAAGAAACCAAGAUCGACGCCGAAAGCCUGUCUUCAGCGCCUCAGCUGGACCAAGCCCUCCGACAGUUUAACCAGUCAGUGAGCAAUGAACUGAAUAUUGGGGUAGGGACUUCCUUCUGUCUCUGUACUGAUGGGCAGCUUCAUGUCAGGCAAAUCCUGCAUCCCGAGGCUUCCAAGAAGAACGUAUUAUUGCCUGAAUGCUUCUAUUCCUUUUUUGAUCUUCGAAAAGAAUUCAAGAAGUGUUGCCCUGGUUCACCUGAUAUUGACAAACUGGAUGUUGCAGCAAUGACAGAGUGUUUGAAUUUUGAGAAAAAUAAUUCAGUCUCCCGAUACGGAGCUUCUCAAGUUGAAGAUAUGGGGAAUAUCAUUUUAGCGAUGAUUUCAGAGCCUUAUAAUCAUAAGUUUUCAGAUCCAGAGAGAGUAAAUUACAAAUUUGAAAGUGGCACUUGCAGCAAGAUGGAACUUAUUGAUGAUAACACCGUAGUCAGGGCGCGAGGCUUACCGUGGCAGUCUUCGGAUCAGGAUAUUGCAAGAUUCUUCAAAGGACUCAAUAUUGCCAAGGGAGGUGCUGCACUUUGUCUGAACGCCCAGGGUCGAAGGAAUGGAGAAGCUCUGGUUAGGUUUGUAAGUGAAGAACACAGAGACCUAGCACUACAGAGGCACAAACAUCACAUGGGGACCCGGUACAUUGAGGUUUACAAAGCAACAGGUGAAGAUUUUCUUAAAAUUGCCGGUGGUACAUCCAAUGAGGUAGCCCAAUUUCUCUCCAAGGAAAAUCAAGUCAUCGUCCGAAUGCGGGGGCUGCCUUUCACGGCCACGGCUGAAGAAGUGGUGGCCUUCUUUGGACAGCAUUGCCCCAUCACUGGGGGAAAAGAAGGCAUCCUCUUCGUCACCUACCCAGAUGGUAGGCCAACAGGGGAUGCUUUUGUCCUGUUUGCUUGUGAGGAAUAUGCACAGAACGCAUUGAGGAAGCAUAAGGACUUAUUGGGUAAAAGAUACAUUGAACUCUUCAGGAGCACAGCAGCUGAAGUUCAGCAGGUGCUGAAUCGAUUCUCCUCGGCUCCUCUCAUUCCACUUCCAACCCCUCCCAUUAUUCCAGUACUACCUCAGCAAUUUGUGCCUCCUACAAACGUUCGAGACUGUAUACGCCUUCGAGGUCUUCCCUAUGCAGCCACAAUUGAGGACAUCCUGGACUUCCUGGGGGAAUUUUCCACAGACAUUCGAACUCAUGGGGUUCACAUGGUAUUGAAUCACCAGGGCCGCCCAUCAGGAGAUGCCUUUAUCCAGAUGAAGUCUGCGGACAGAGCAUUUAUGGCUGCACAGAAGUGUCAUAAAAAAACCAUGAAGGACAGAUAUGUUGAAGUCUUUCAGUGUUCAGCUGAGGAGAUGAACUUUGUGUUAAUGGGGGGCACUUUAAAUCGAAAUGGCUUAUCCCCACCGCCAUGUAAGUUACCAUGCUUGUCUCCUCCCUCCUACACAUUUCCAGCUCCUGCAGCAGUUAUUCCCACUGAAGCUGCCAUCUAUCAGCCUUCUGUGCUUUUGAAUCCACGAGCACUGCAGCCCUCCACAGCCUACUAUCCAGCGGGCACUCAGCUCUUCAUGAACUACACAGCGUACUAUCCCAGCCCCCCAGGUUCGCCUAAUAGUCUUGGCUACUUCCCUACAGCUGCUAAUCUUAGCGGUGUCCCUCCACAGCCUGGCACGGUGGUCAGAAUGCAGGGCCUGGCCUACAAUACUGGAGUUAAGGAAAUUCUUAACUUCUUCCAAGGUUACCAGUAUGCAACCGAGGAUGGACUUGUACACACAAGUGACCAGGCCAGGACUCUACCCAAAGAAUGGGUUUGUAUUUAAGGGUCCCAGCAGUUAGACCAUCCUCAGAAAAGAAGUGUUUGAAAGAGGUAUGGUGAUCCUGAUACCAUCAAGACACAAGAAAACUUCUAGUAACUUCAGGGGAAGUUUGUCUACACUCGGGCUGCAGUAUUUUCAGCAAAAAUGAUUGGACAAGGGGGCAUGUGCCCUAUCUUUUGGUGGAGUGAAAAAUUUGAGCCAAUAAAGCCAAAUCCUUUUAGGAAGCAGCAUACCUGGCUCUUUGCUGAUGGCAAAUAGGCAUU